AUGGAAAAGCUAAGAAGAUGGAGUUUACAUUGGGUCAAAUUUGAGAUCCUAAUUCAUGUACCAGAGGAUUAUCAGAUGUUUCCUGUAACAAUCAGGCCAGGAGACACCAUUAAGGACCUUAGAGUUCACCUAGUAAAACAAGGAAUAACCUCAUGGAGGAAACAGUUUACCUACAAUGGGAAAGAAUUAGGAGAAUAUGAAACCAUUAGAGACCUCAAAAUAAAAAAUGGAGCUGUCAUUUUACUUGUUAAUAAACAUGAAAGGUAACUAAGACUGGACAGAUGUAACUGAAACUGGACUGAAUCUGUUGCAUAUCCCUGAAGAAGAUGUAUUCUGAGAUGGAGGAGGGUCUCCAUAUUUAAGGAGGUGCAUUGGUUACACAGUCCAUGUCUGAUCAGAGAGUCCUCCUAACUAAUACCACUUCAUAGAAGGCUACCACUUGAAGAUAUAGGAGAGGUACAUUCUGAUCCCAGGAAAUCGUAGCCACUUACCGGCUCCUCAUUCAAGGAUUUAGUCUGGACUUGUAUUUGCACUAAAAAAUUAAAUUGUUUGAUAUCUG